CGACAACUCUGGGUAGAGAUUGGACAUCUUCAAAUGAUUUUUAAUAUAAAGAUAUCUUCAAUAAUUUGAGUUUGUGUCAAUGGCGUUCCACAUUGUUAGAAAACCUAACUGCUACAGCCCAGAGCGGUGAGCAUAGGUCUAAAUUUGUGGUACUACGCCUUCGGCUGGUGACGUCUCAAUAUGAGUGAAAAAUUCUCGAAGUGACGAAAAAGAAAAACAAACUAGAAAUAUUUCGAUCGGGCACGAUGUUCUCGAUGUCAUACAAUAUGGAUGCGCCCAUGAGAUGAUCAUGUUUGAGGAAUCAUGAACAGCUGAUGAAAGCAAUUAUGGAAGAAAUGAGUGAUUUUAAAUCCAAAAGGCUGAGACUGAUACAGACAAAGUUAAUGGAAGUCUUGGACUUUCUAUCAGACUAUCUCCCACUUGUAAACUGUCAUUCUAAUGACUUUAUUCUAAAUAAUCACUGGGACACAUUUCUGUCUCAGCCAAUCAGAAAAGAACUUGACUCACUUAGUGCAAGUGAACUGAAAUCUGUCUUGAGUGAAAAACUGAAUACAACAGAAAGUCAGCAUAUUGGAGGGACUUCUACUGAUUGUGAUUUAGCAACCUGGAAAUUCAGAAGUCAAUUUCUGGAAAAAGCCAAGACAGGCUGUGAUAUAAGUGAAAUUUAUACUCCUGAGAUGCAGAAAAUUUCACCUCACUGGGUUCAUGAAAACUUGCGCUCAUUUUUACAAGAUGUACGAAAAUGCCAUCUUCAGAAUUCAGAUAUCCUUUCGUGUAUUGAAAACCAAGAUGAAGACAUUAACAUACCUCUUCAGGAUAGCGUGUUUAUAUCCACAUUUAUGAACCAGAAAAAGACGCAUGAAGUUGAUGUGAUGGGAGAAAUGUGUUAUCGGUUGGCUCAGAAAUAUGAUAUUAAUUUGGUGGUGGAUUUAGGGAGCGGUAAAGGAUAUUUAAGCACACACCUGGCUUUCCAGCACAAACUUCACGUAAUUGGAGUGGAUGCCCAAAACAUCAACACGAAGGGGGCCUCAAAAAGGGCUGACAUUUUAUCCAGGCAGUGGGAGGGACUGACUCGAAAUGAAGUUUUACGGGCCGAGAAAUCUUUUGCAGGAAAGUUAAGUAAAAAGCAGAAAAAGCUCCUUAAAAAGAUGGAGCAUGGUAGAGAUAUUGAGCAACGCAAGGAGAUGGACAAAUCCACUGCUUUGUGUUCUGUUCUUUCUGAUGAAGUUUACACAGACUUUUCAAGCUUCUUUGAAGUACAUGAAAAAACUGUUGCUGAUAAAAUUAGUCCUGAUAGCAAUGAAGGAUUAAUGUUGGAGACAUCCUCUCAUAAAGAAAAUUUUCCAUUUAGUGUAAAUAGUGAAGAAAACGUUGAAGGAAAAGGUCAACAAGAGAGAAAAACACUGAGUGCAAAAGUCAGUAUGGACACAGAAUGUGUUGUUUGUGAAGAUCUUCCUUCUGAUAGUAGAUUUACUGCUAAAAAACAGAACACAAAGUCAUCAAAACUGAAAGCAAAUCACCACCCUGUGACUAUGUACAUUCACACAGACUCGGAUCUCAGUGAGAUAGUGGACAGAGCUAUGAAUCUGAAUCCGUCGGAUGAUUUGAGUGAGACGUCAGCUGUACAUAGAAAUGCUGAGGAGACAGGAGUGUCUAUCAGUGCGAUUCCUUCAGAUGGUCAGAAAUUGAACAGAGGGUCUAUUAUGCUAACAGGACUGCAUACUUGUGGCGGAUUGGGUUCAAGUAUCAUAAGGCUCUUUGUUAACUCAAAAGAUGCCAAAGUUCUGUGUAAUGUAGCAUGCUGUUAUCACCUUAUGAAAGAGGAAUUUGUUGCCAGUCCAUUUGAAGAGAAAGAUGACACAAAUGAAGCACCAGGAUUUCCUCUCAGCAAUUUCUUAAGGAAAAACAAAGUUGGGAUUGGUAGGCAGGCCAGAAAUUUGGCUUCUCAGUCGGUCGACAGACGGGCACAUGAUGAGGAGGUGCUUGCUAAACAGUUUCCCAGAAUGUUACUGCAGGUGAUACUUAGGGACCAGUUGGGCUACGUGAAAAGCGAUUGGAAAGGGCUGCGUAAGCUGGACCAGAAGUCUAAUGGCAUGUUUGAUUACGUGACAAGAGCGUUCACCAAGCUAGGAUUGCCAACAGAAGGGAUCAGCGAGGAGCUUGUUGCAUCAUACUGCAGUAAAUACCAAGAUCAGAAGAGGAAGUUUGCGGCCUUCUUUCAGCUGAAAACCGCCCUGGCUCCCUGUAUUGAGGCUGUCAUUCUGCUGGACAGGCUCUGUUUUCUGCUAGAGCAGGAAUUUGUGAAAGAUGCCAAAUUAUUACAGCUGUUUGACCCCGUGACCUCUCCAAGGUGUUAUGGAAUUGUAGCAGUGAAAGCUUAAAGCAGACUAAACUUUUCCAAUUUGUGAUCAUCUUCUGAAUAUUGUGAUAAUAAUAAAAAGAAUUAACACAUU